UAAAAUAAGAUUUCGACCGGCGUAAUUUUCUGCAAAUUAUAAAAAAAUGACUUCUGUAGCGCAAGUUAUUCCCAAAUUAUACCAAGAAUAUACAACUAAAACCCCCAAGAAGCUAAAAAUAAUCGAUGCCUACUUGUUUUACGUUUUUCUUACAGGUGUAAUACAGUUUGUGUAUUGUUGCCUUGUCGGCACGUUCCCAUUUAACUCAUUUUUGAGUGGGUUUAUUUCUACAGUAAGCUGUUUUGUUCUUGGAGUGUGUUUAAGGCUGCAAGUCAACCCGGAGAACAAAAAUGAAUUCCAAGGCAUCAGUUCUGAACGUGGUUUUGCAGACUUCAUAUUUGCACACUUGGUUUUGCAUUUAGUUGUAGUAAACUUCAUCGGUUAAUUAUUUCUUUCAAAACCUAAGCUUGAUUAUAAAUAUACUGUAAUUAUUCUUACUAAA